UUUUCUCCACUAUGUUACAGGACAAUGAUGGCAAAAGAAGAGACCAACAAGAACAACAAUAUGCUGACGGGCAUGACCCACGAAUGUGGUGUGUUUGGUUGUAUUGCAGCAGGAGAUUGGCCAACGCACAUAGAUGUUGCACAGGUCAUUUGUCUUGGGCUGGUCGCAUUACAGCAUAGAGGCCAAGAAAGUGCUGGCAUAGUAACUAGUGAAGGUAACAAUGCAAAAAAUUUUCACGUGAAAAAAGGCAUGGGAAUGAUAAAUAAUAUCUUCAACGAUGAAUCAAUCCGGCAGCUAAAAGGGAGUUUAGGCGUCGGACACACAAGAUAUUCGACAAGUGCAGCAUCCGAAGAGGUUAACUGCCAGCCAUUUGUAGUUCACACAGCCCAUGGAGUUUUGUGUGUGGCACAUAAUGGAGAAAUUAUCAAUAAAGAAAAACUGCGAAGGAAGGUAUUAGAGCGAGGAGUAGGGCUUUCUACACACUCCGACAGUGAACUGAUCACACAGGCUUUGUGCCUAAACCCUCCAGACGGAGAGAGAAAUGGAGUUGAUUGGCCAGCUCGCAUCAGACACCUUAUGUCGCUAUCACCUCUCUCUUAUUCGCUUGUUUUGAUGGAGAAGGACAGAAUCUACGGAGUGAGGGAUCCCUACGGAAACAGACCACUGUGCAUUGGGAAAAUCCUUCCUCUAAAUUGUAAAGAUGAAAAUGUUGGGGAAGAGGGUUGGGUUAUAUCCUCAGAGUCAUGCGGGUUCCUGUCGAUUGGAGCUCGAUAUGUGAGAGAAGUUUAUCCAGGUGAAAUCGUCGAACUUUCAAGAACAGGGAUUAAGACCAUAUCAACUGUCGAGAGGCCAGAUAAUAAGCCGCCCGCUUUUUGUAUUUUCGAAUAUGUGUACUUUGCCAGAUCCGACUCAGUGUUCGAAGGUCAAAUGGUCUACUCUGUUCGUAUGCAGUGCGGCAGAGAAUUGGCAAAAGAAGCUUGCAUAGAGGCUGAUAUUGUCAGCUCAGUUCCUGAAUCAGGAACUGCGGCUGCUCAUGGUUUUUCUCGUCAGUCAGGUAUACCGUUUGCCGAGGUGCUUUGCAAAAACAGGUACGUGGGAAGAACCUUUAUCCAGCCGAGCGCUCGAUUAAGGCAACUUGGAGUGGCCAAAAAAUUUGGUGCUCUCUCAGAAAAUGUGGCCGGAAAAAGGCUCAUUCUUAUCGAUGAUUCAAUAGUGAGGGGUAAUACUAUUGGUCCCAUCAUCAAAUUACUACGAGAUGCAGGCGCUACUGAGGUUCACGUCCGGAUAGCAUCUCCACCACUCCAUUACCCGUGUUACAUGGGAAUAAAUAUUCCAACACGCGAAGAGCUCAUAGCAAAUAAGCUGGAUAACGUUCAGCUGGCGAAGCACACUGGGGCUGAUAGCUUGGCAUACCUGUCUGUGGAAGGUUUGAAAAUAGCAGUGAGGCGGCAGCUUGUCCCACGAGAAAAGGAUGGUGUCGGACACUGCACUGCCUGCUUGACCGGAGAGUACCCGACUGAACUGGACUGGUGAUGGCAUGAAUAUCAAGUCACAAAAGGAUGAAUACUGAGUUUGUUUGGAGGACGCCUCUGCAUCUGGCAUCUACCUGAAAAACGACGCC